AUGAGUGACAAACCGGCAGAGGAAGACGUCGCGGCGUCGCUCGCUGCAGCAUCGCAGAGCUGGAACUGGCUGGCGCUAUCUCAGAAGAGCAGUGAGUCCAGCAGCAGCUCUUCAGGUCGCGUUGGAUCCGUUCAAAGUCAGCACAAUGCCAAGCGACCAUUUUUAAAUCGACCACCGACCAACACACAUCGGGACCAUCCCAAGCCCAAGACAAUCUCUACCGCCACCGAACGUGAACAGUCUGUCAAAGUUAAUACUGGAGAUCUGGAAGAGUAUUCAAGGCUUCGCAUCGCUGAUCGAACCAUCUCGGCGGAGGCGCUUCGCCAGGAGAUGGAAGGACGCAAGCUCAUCAAGUUGCAGGAGAUGGACCGCGUUCCUAAAGACACAUUCGUCAAUGGAGAGGUCGACUGGGUAACGAUCGGUGUCCUAACACGAAAGACGCUGUCGAAACCAGCAGCCAAUGGCUCAACCUUCAUGGUCUGGGGCUUGUCCGACCUGGACGGGACCGAGUUGGGCGUCUUCCUCUUCGGUGACGCCUAUGCGAGCCACUGGAAGGAGCUAACAGGAUCCAUCGUAGCAGUUCUGAAUGCGACAUUACUGCCAGCGACAGAGAAGAACAAAUUUGCCUUCAAGGCAACGCAGCCAACUGAGCUCGUGAAGCUGGGGAAGGCGGAGGAUUUCGGUAUUUGCAAGGGCACGACCUCGGGCGAAGCGCGUUGCCGCCUCGCAGUCAACACGGCAAAGUCACAAUACUGUUUGCAUCAUAUCGCCGCGAACUUCAUGCAGGCAGGACGAGGCCGUCAGCAGCUCAAUAAUUCAACGGGAAGCUUGCGGAAGGCACUGUUUGCUGGUCUAACAAAGCCUAAGAACUUGUCGGCGGGGGUGUACACGUCAGCUCCGUCAAAGUCGAGCAGCUCUGGAUGGAACCCUAUCAUCACCAAGAAGCGGAAGCGCAACGAUGCAGCUGGUGGAGUUCUGGGAGUGCCCACGGUGUUGUCGGCGUCGGGCGCCGUUGUGCAGCGCGGUACCAUGAGUCUCAUGGAUCAACUCCGAGAACCCCCUGCGUCCAUGAACUCGGUUGCUCGGUCAAGUGCGACUGCUAAGCAACCUUCCAGCAGAGCCCAGAAGAUUAUGUCUGCUGUUCUGGCUGGAAGUGGGAAACCGAUGAAAAGACCUAAGACGAAGAAGGUGGACAUGAUCCAGUUCAUGAAUUCGGGAUCUCAGGUGAAAAAGUAA